AUGUCAGGGUUCAAAGGUUCAACUACUGCAAAAUUCGUAGGCAAGGGCAAUGAAUAUCCUAGUCAAGCACAUUCCUUUGCUCAAGCUGCUCAGCAACUUUUAGACUCAUCCAAAGUGGAUGCAAUUGAUGAAAUGAUGGGAUUUCCCAGAUUUGUGCCGUCUCCAACACUUUCCGAUGUUAAAGUUGGAUGGUUGAGUAAUAUGCACCCUACCAUCGUUUCUCAGGAUUUGAUUGAAGAAGGGAACAAUGCCCGUUCGGCAACUGUAGCGGGUGUUUCCGGUGUGGACUUCUAUUUCAUAGAUGAAGAAGGUGGUUCAUUCAAGACCACUGUUAGAUAUGAUCCAUACUUCUUUGUGACAUGUGCUGAUGAAACUAGGGUUCAUGAUGUAGAAGAGUAUUUGAAGAAACUAUUAGAAUAUUGCAUUAAGAAGGUUGAUCUAGUAACGAAGGAUGAUCUAGCUAUGAACAACCACUUGGUUGGUUUAAAGAAACAUCUGCUGAAAUUAAGUUUCAGUAAUAAUAACCAGCUUUUCGAGGCGAGAAGGUUACUGAGACCUAUUUUGGCUAUCAACGAGAAUGAUAACGAAAAAAAAGAUAUAUACAAUGCAGGGCCAGACUCUAACAAUAGAGAUGUUAAAACUUUAAUCGAAGAUAUAAGGGAAUAUGAUGUUCCAUACCAUGUUCGUGUCUCUAUUGACAAGAAUAUCCGAGUAGGGAAAUGGUAUAAAGUUUCGGCUCAUGGACUUACAGAACUCGAAGACAAGGUUACAUUUGCUGAUCCUGUAGUCUUGGCAUUUGAUAUUGAAACAACGAAAGCUCCUCUCAAAUUUCCAGAUGCAGCUAUUGACCAAAUUAUGAUGAUUUCAUAUAUGAUUGAUGGAGAAGGUUUUCUAAUAACGAAUAGAGAGAUAAUUUCAGAAGAUAUAGAGGACUUUGAAUACACACCAAAAGAAGAAUACAAGGGCCAAUUUACCAUUUUCAAUGAAUCAGAUGAAAUGGCACUAAUACAGAGGUUUUUUGAGCAUAUAAGAGAUGUUAGACCCACUGUCAUUUCAACAUUUAACGGUGACUUUUUCGAUUGGCCUUUUGUGGAAAAUCGGGCAAGAUUUCAUGGACUUAACAUGUUUGAUGAGAUAGGAUUUGCUAGAGAUUCUGAAGGAGAAUACAAAUCAAGUUAUUGUACGCACAUGGAUUGUUUUAGAUGGGUGAAACGUGACUCGUACUUACCACAAGGUUCCCAGGGUUUAAAAGCCGUGACGCAAGCAAAACUCGGAUACAAUCCCUUGGAAUUGGAUCCAGAACUUAUGACGCCUUACGCAUAUGAAAAGCCACAAGUGUUAUCAGAAUAUUCGGUUUCUGAUGCUGUUGCCACUUAUUAUCUAUAUAUGAAAUAUGUGCAUCCUUUCAUCUUUUCUCUGUGUACAAUCAUUCCCCUAAACCCAGAUGAAGUUUUGAGAAAAGGUACAGGUACAUUGUGUGAAAUGCUUUUGAUGGUCCAAGCCUAUAAUAGUGGAGUUCUUCUACCGAAUAAACAUACUGAUCCAAUUGAAAGAUUUUAUGAUGGUCACUUACUAGAAUCGGAAACAUAUGUUGGUGGUCAUGUGGAAUCGCUUGAAGCUGGGGUUUUCCGUAGUGAUUUGGAGAACGAUUUUAAGAUUGAUCCCACUGUCAUAGAUAUUCUUUUGGAAGACUUACCAAAUGCAUUAAAAUUCUGCGUUGAGGUUGAAAACAAUUCCAAUAUGGCAGAAGUAGUAAACUUCGAGGAAAUUAAACAAGCGAUAGAAGAAAAGCUUAUAGACCUUAAAAUCAACAACAAGAGAAAGGAGCUUCCUUUGAUUUACCAUGUUGAUGUUGCUUCUAUGUACCCUAAUAUCAUGACAACUAACAGAUUGCAACCCGAUAGUAUGAAAGAUGAAAAAGAUUGUGCAAGUUGCGAUUUUAAUAGACCUGGAAAAUCUUGCGACAGAAGACUGAAAUGGGCAUGGAGGGGUGAAUUUUUUCCAGCAAAAAUGGAUGAAUAUUCGAUGGUCAAACGUGCUCUACAAAACGAACUUUUCCCUAACAAAAAUCCCAAAUCCAAGAAGCAGUUUUUGACUUUUGAAGAGUUAAGUUAUGCAGAUCAGGUCUCUCAUAUCAAAAAGAGACUGACAGACUACUCAAGAAAGGUCUACCAUAGAGUUAAGGUAACAGAAACAAUUGAAAGAGAGGCUAUCGUUUGUCAACGUGAAAAUCCAUUUUAUGUGAACACCGUUAGAUCUUUCAGAGAUAGAAGAUAUGAAUUCAAAGGGCUUGCCAAAGUUUGGAAAGGGAAACUUUCAAAGAUAGACCCAUCAGACUCUCAUGCAAAAGAUGAAGCAAGAAAAAUGAUUGUUUUAUAUGAUUCUCUUCAAUUGGCCCAUAAGGUUAUCCUUAACUCUUUCUAUGGUUAUGUGAUGAGAAAGGGUUCCAGAUGGUAUUCUAUGGAAAUGGCAGGAAUAACAUGUUUAACAGGUGCGAAUAUCAUUCAGAUGGCUAGAUCUUUAGUUGAAAGAAUAGGGAGACCACUGGAGCUAGAUACUGAUGGUAUUUGGUGUAUUCUUCCAAAAAGCUUUCCAGAGAACUUUGAAUUGAAACUCAAGAACGGAAAAAAACUGUUUGUAUCGUAUCCUUGCUCAAUGUUGAAUUAUAAAGUUCACCAACAGUAUACCAAUCAUCAAUACCAAGACCUCGUUGAUCCAAUAAGACAUAAAUAUGAGACAAAAAGCGAUAAUUCCAUCUUUUUUGAAGUUGAUGGGCCAUACAAAGCUAUGAUCUUGCCCACAUCAAAGGAAGAGGGUAAAGGUAUCAAAAAAAGAUAUGCUGUUUUCAAUGAAGAUGGCUCUCUAGCAGAAUUAAAAGGAUUUGAAUUAAAAAGAAGGGGAGAAUUGCAGCUCAUUAAAAACUUCCAGAGUGAUAUUUUCAAACUCUUUUUAGAGGGUAAAACCUUGGAAGAAUGUUAUGCCGCGGUAGCAACAGUUGCUAACAGAUGGCUAGAUGUAUUGGACUCAAAGGGUGCAAUGCUUGAAACGGAAGAUUUAAUUGAAUUGAUUUGUGAAAAUAAAAGUAUGUCUAAAACUUUAAAAGAGUAUCAAGGUCAAAAGAGUACUUCAAUUACUACUGCUAAAAGACUUGGUGAGUUUUUGGGCGAAGCCAUGAUCAAAGAUGCAGGUCUUCAAUGUAAAUUUAUUAUAAGUUCGAAACCUCACAAUGCACCAGUGACAGAAAGAGCAAUCCCAGUUGCAAUUUUCUCAUCUGAUCUCCAUAUUAAAAGAACAUUUUUGAGAAGAUGGUUAUUAGAUUCCAGUCUUAAUGAUUUCGAUCCACGUGCAAUCAUCGACUGGGACUAUUAUCGUGAAAGAUUAGCCUCCGUAAUUCAGAAAAUUAUUACCAUCCCCGCAGCUUUACAAGAUAUAAAAAAUCCUGUUCCUCGGGUAGAACACCCAGAUUGGCUAAAAAAGAGAAUUGCUGUAAGUGAGGACAAAUUCAAGCAAUCAUCGAUAAAUCGAUUUUUUAAACCUACGAAAGCACUGCCAGAAGUUAGAGAUAUUGAGGAUAUAUUUGAUUCGGCUGUUAAGAACACCCCACAUAUUGCAAAAGUAACCUCAAAACGUAAAUCCCGAAGGAGAAAUGCGGAAGCCAUUUUUGAUGAAGAAUCUUUAGUAUUACCUACAGAAAAACCAUCCAUGGUUGAAGACUAUGUUGGGUGGUUACAAUAUCAAAAGAUAAAAUGGAAAAUAGAUCACAUUGAUAGGAAGAAAAGAGAAAAGUUAUUUGGUAGAAAUUCCAGAGCGUCAGACAGAUCAGCUUUAGGAAACUUGAUUAGAAAACACGUUGAAUCAUAUGCGGACAAAAGUUGGGAGAUCCUUCAAUGUAAAUCAUCUAAUGAGCCAAGCACAGUAGAGGUAUAUGCCUUGAUUGAUAAGAAAAUCCAAGUAUUGAAAAUCGUUAUCCCCAAGACUAUAUUUAUUCACUUCAAAACCAACGUCUUUCCUUCUGGUGGAAUAGAAAAUUGUGAGGUUGAGAAAUCAAAUGCCCAACUUCCAAAUGUCAAAGAGAUGAACUUGGAAAAUAGCAGUCAAUUGUUCAAAUUGACUAUGUCUGAGGAAACUUAUCAACGAGAAAUCACUAAGGCCUCAAGUGUUUUGAAGGAUGAGAAUGUGUUAGGUAUUUAUGAGAGUUCUGUUUCGAAUAAAGAAAGAAUUAUUAUGCAACUAGGAACGAGCGUCCAAUUUGGUUCUGAAAAAAUGGGGGCUCUUGGGAAAGGGCUGCAGAAUGGGUUCGAUUUGAAGAAUUUGCACCCAAUUGAAUCCGAUAAAUAUUUGCAAAGAUUCAAUCUUGAAGUAGCCUAUUUAUUAAAUUUUGUUACUGACAUUGGAUAUGAGUUUUAUUUCCUCUUCAAAGGCUGUGACAGUCCCAUCGAUGUAUUUGUGUUAAAGCCUAGCGUUCACGCACAAGAGAUUUCAAAUCAGGCUAUCGAGAAUAUUUACUAUGAGGCUCACGAUAAGAAGUUUGAUAAAUUUGAUAAAUUUUAUGAUCUUGUUAAGAUUAAAAAAGAUGUUUCCUUUAACAUUCAUAACUAUGUUAAACCACAAAUACUCAUUAAGGACCUUUCCAAAUCUUUACAGACUCUUAAGGAAGAAAAGGGUUCUUACACCAUAUUGAUUCUUCAGUCUCCAUAUUGUGAAAAAACCGAAAAACUCCUUCAACCCCUUCAAUCAUUCCCCGUUAUUCAUAUAUCAAUGCAAGAAACCCAUUUACCAGCAUUGAAAUGGCAAGGACAAUUGAUGAAAAAAGCCGUGAAUCACAUUCUUUCGUUGGGCUCAUGGGUUUCAAAUUUGAUCGCUCUUUCGAAAUAUAGUAAUAUUCCUAUCUGUAACCUGAAGGUUGAUAAUUUAGAAUACAUUAUUGAUGUGAUGUAUGCUCGUCAAUUAACAAAAAACAAUAUUGUUUUGUGGUGGAAUGAUAAAUCUCCGUUGCCUGAUCAUGGUGGUUUAGAAAGGAACUUCGAUCCUAGAAAAGCUGAAAUAAUGAGUGACCUUGCAUUCCCAGUUAUGAAUAACCCUGGUAUAUACGACAAUGUCGUUUUUGAAAUCAGUGUUUAUAACUCCGUUGUAAACACGGUUCUCACUAGUUCUAUGCUGAACGAAGCAGAAGGGACGGAUCUCGCCCAAAAUAUUUCGUCAAAUGAUGAAUCUUUGGGAUUUGUGGAAGACUCUUUCUCUGAUUCUGCCUUGCUUGUGCUAAGAGGUCUUCUUAAGGAGCUAUGGGACCAGGCUCUGGGUGAUAAUAUUACAGCUGAUUCAUUAGUACAUGCCUUCAUAGGAUGGGUUUAUAACCCAGAUUCUAAGCUCUUCGAUUAUGCUCUGAGAUAUCAUGUUCACACAUUAACUCAAAAGGCAAUGCUACAAUUGAUUAACGAAUUUAAGGUGGCUGGAUCAACUCUUAUAUUUGCCGAUAGAAAUAAAUUAUUGAUCAAGACUCAGAAACAAUCGGUGGAAAACUCCUACGCAUAUGGCCAAUAUCUUGUGAAAUCUAUUCGCUCAAAGCCAAUAUUCGCCUAUUUAGACUUAAAAAUUGAAAGGUAUUGGGACGUUCUCCUCUGGAUGGACAAGUUCAAUUAUGGUGGGAGAGCAUGUUUGAAGAUCGAGGAUAAAGAUACACAAAGUUUCCAGGCAUACUCUCACUGGCAUAUUAAGGACUUCCUUCCUCUUGUGUAUCAGCAGGAAUUUGAUGAUUGGCUAGUUGUUAUUUUGGACAAUAUGGUGAAAACGAAGGAGGCCUUUUACGAACAAAAUGAAUUAACCCAAAGGUUAACCCAAUUACCUCCAAAUAGAAUAAAUGGAAAUCAGAAUGAUCACGAAUCUGACUCCUUAAGUGGGUUCACGAAGAAGUUCUAUAAGGCUUUGAUCAAUAGAAUCGGAAAGCUUUAUAAAACUCAACAAGAAUAUAUUUUGGAUCCUAAUUUUGGCGAUGAUUACAAGACGCCAAUUUUACCAGGGUCGCAUCUGAAUGUCAAAAACCCUUUACUUGAAUUGGUUAAGUAUUUAUCGCAUAUUCUCCUACUGUCUCCGGUUCAUGUAUUGGAAGGCAGAGCUCUCCGGAAAGAGCUUUUGAAAAUUUUUGAAAUGAGAGAAUUCGACAGGAUUGCGGAAUUCAAAGACCCAAGUACUUCAUUUAUCAUCCCUAGUUUUAUCUGUGAACACUGCUCAUUUAUCUCCGAUAUUGAUAUUUGUAAAGAAAGCAAGUCUCGAGUCUUCGCAUGUCAAAAUUGUGACAGGCCUUUGAAUAAAAACCUUAUCGAAGAGCAUGUGAUUGCACGCUUACAAUCACAAAUCACAUCAUAUAUUACACAAGAUGUCAAGUGUAUGAAAUGUCACAAAGUUAAAACUGAUGCAAUGUCUCCGUACUGCCAAUGUUCCGGGAAAUGGGAGUUGAUAGUCAGUAAAGACCAAUUCUUGUCACAGUUACAAAUAUUCAAGAAUGUAGCUGAUGGAUAUGAGUUUACCACUCUCAAAACUACGUUGGAAGAAAUUCUAUAG